AUGAUUUAAAUUCUAAUAUUAACAAUAGUUCAUAUUAAUGGAUUGUAAAUGGAAGACAAAGUGAGUUAUUUGCCAGUAAGAUAUAUAAUAAUGAAUAAAAAUAGCCUUUUAAUAUGUCAGAUUAAAAUUUUUCAAUAUUUUCAGGUUAUUUAUCAAUAACAAAUAACAACUAAUCAUUUCAUUAUGUAUUUGUAUAGAGUUAACUUAAUAAUUUGGAUAUUAAUGUGCCUCUUGUUUUAUGGUUGAAUGGAGGACCUGGUAUAAAAUUAGAGUAAUAUAAAAGGGUGUUCAUCAAUGAUUGGAUUUUUAUAAGAAAUAGGUCCUUUUGUAUUUAUGAAUGAGGAUGAUGAGAGUUUAUAAUUUAAUGAGUAUUCUUGGAAUAGAGUUGCACAUUUAUUAUUUUUGGAAAGUCCAAGUGGAGUAGGAUUUUCACAUAAUCCAUUGAACAUAACAUUUAAUGAUUAAUAAACAGCAGAUGAUAAUUUAAAGAUUAUACAAGAGUUUUACAGCAGUUAUCCAGAAUAUUAGAAGAAUCCAUUAUGGUUAGCAGGUGAGAGUUAUGGUGGAGCAUAUAUUCCAUUAUUAGCAGAAAAGAUAAAGAAAUUUAACGAUUUAGAAGUAGCAGUAAUAAAUUUAAAAGGAAUGAUGAUUGGUAAUGGUGUAACAAAUCUAACUCAUCUUCCUAUAUCAUAAUUAAUAUAUUAGAAAGAACAUUAAUUGUUACCACCAACAUUUGAUAUCACUGGAUGUGAGAAGAAUGUAACAUCAGAAGAAUGUGAGAAUAUAAAUUAUGAUGCUUGGAAAAUUACUAAGAGAAUAAAUCCAUAUGAUAUUUAUGGAUAUUGUUAUUAUGAAGAGAAUGAGAUGGAAGAUGAAUUAUAAUGGAUUUAAUAAAUGAAAUAAUUUAUGAUGAUUCACAAUAAUAAUAUUGUUAAUGUUACUAACCAUGAUUUAGGAGUACCUUGCGUAUAAAUAGAUAAUAUUUAAAAUUAUUUGAAUGAUGUAAAAAUUAAAAGAUAUCUUCAUGUGGAUGAGAAUAUUGAAUGGUUUAUGUGUACAAAACAACAAAAUAAAUAAUUUAAAUAUGUAUCAGAUCCUCCUAUAGUAAUGAAAGUCUUAUAAGAAUUAUUAGAUUUUAAUAUAUAUACCAUUCUACUAUAUAAUGGAGAUGCUGAUAGUGUAGUACCAUGGAUAGACACAUUACGAUGUAUUUAAUUAAAUGAUUUUUAGCAUUAUAAAAAUUGAAUGUAUCAAUCACUGAAGAGUGGAGACCUUAUUAUGUUAAAAAUAAUUAAUUGGGAGGAUAUACUCAAGGUUAUUUAAACAAAUUGAGAUUUGUUACUGUUAGAGGAGCUGGACAUAUGGUACCAUAAAAUGAUAGAAUCACCGCAUUCUAUUUAUUUAAUUAAACCUUAAAUGAAGAAACUUUUUGA